AUGUCAGCAGCAGCAGCAACAAUCUUUGAAGUGGAGCGACUGGAGGCAAAAUUUGGAUUCCUGUACAAGUGGCUAGUUCAGUGCAGUCCCAGUGGCAAUGUGCCAGGUAGCCACGAACUCGUUGAAAGCGAUGUCAAAGCCUUGCUCCAACUCCACGAACCCAACGACGCGACGUUAGAUGCAAAAUUGAACGACGUGCUGGCCAACCAGGCCAAAACACUUCCUCUCGCUGCAUUUCAACAGUACAUGGUUACAAAACGACCCAUCGACAACCUCGAGGAGAAGCUCAAGUUGCCGUCCUCGUUGUCGUAG